CGACUAGAACGACUAAAUAUAUCGAUACUAUUGCGAGUGGUUAUAGCUCAGCUCUAAUUGACGCCAAGAAAUUUUGAUUGAUUUUGAAAAAUAUGUUAACCACAUCGGAGCUAAAGUGAACUGGUCAUAUCGGGAAACACUGUGCAAAACUUACAUUCGACGGACGGAACGGACUGACUCUGGAAAUCACAUCACAAUAAGUCAUGCCACGGGGAAAACGCCGAGCUGCAGAUACUAUUAGCGACAACAUGGAUCAUGGUCAACCGAAGAGGGCCCGAACCAGCUACACCAGCAUACCCACACAACAGAGCAGCAGACGCCAUAUCAGAGCGGAAGAUGGCUUCAGUCAAAAGCGUUGCUUGACAUGGUUCCAGGAAUACACAUCUCCAGAUGAACCGGAGACAUUGGGUCCCGAUGGCAUGGAGAAAUUCUGCGAGGAUAUCGGCGUGGAGCCUGAGAAUAUUGUGAUGCUUGUGCUGGCCUACAAAAUGGGCGCCACCCAGAUGGGCUUUUUCAGCCAGCAGGAGUGGCUAAAGGGCCUCACAGAACUGGACUGCGAUUCGGCAGCGAAAAUGGUUGUGAAACUGGACUAUCUGCGCAGCAUACUCAACGAUCCCAACUCCUUUAAAAGCAUCUACAGAUACGCCUACGACUUUGCCAAGGACUCGGAUCAACGGUGUAUGGAUAUACUCACUGCCAAAGCCAUGCUUCAACUUCUUUUGGGCAAACAUUGGCCUCUGUAUCCACAGUUUGCACAAUUUCUAGAGCAAUCAAAGUACAAGGCGAUCAACAAAGAUCAGUGGUGUAAUAUUUUGGAGUUCUCGCGCACCAUUAGCAUUGAUUUAUCAAAUUACGAUAUUGACGGAGCUUGGCCCGUCAUGUUGGAUGAGUUUGUGGAAUGGUUGCGCCUGCAGCGGAGCCAGGUCACCUCCACUUCCGGGUCUAGCUGAGAAAAGCCGUAUCGAGUCGCCUAUUUCUAGUUCAACUUUGGGAGCUCAGUGCGGAAGGGAUUUUUCGGAGACGAAUAUGGGAUGCGAUGGGAAUGCUGAUGAGAUAAGAUCGGCGGAAUUAUAAGACAUAACCACAGAACACUCACUGACACCCACAUCCACACUCAGAUCCAAAAACACUCAAGCACACACACACCCACACGGAAACACAAGGCAUUUUGGAGAGACUGCGUACACUGGCAAAGCAACCAACUAUGAAACUAAACUAUUGAUAAUAUAUUUAAUGUAAUAAUUUAUGUAGUAACGACGACAACUAAAAACUAAAACCACAA